GGGCGAUGUGAGUACAUCCGGAUGCUGCUGGCCGACCAGGGCCAGACCUGGAAGGAGGAUGUGGUGACCCGGGACAGGUGGAUGCAGGGAGACCUGAAGGCCAGCUGUCUCUUUGGGCAGCUCCCCAAGUUCACAGAUGGAGACGUCACCUUGUACCAGAGCAAUGCCAUCCUGAGACACCUGGCACGCAAGCAUGGGCUGUACGGAAAGAACGAGAUGGAAGCCACGCUCUUGGAUAUGGCCAACGACGGGGUGGAAGAUCUCCGGCUCAAAUACGUCAAGCUCAUCUACCAGAAUUACGUGAGUGGCAGGAAGCCGGGCUCCGUUCCAAGCCUGGUGGGCAUAGGGCAGAGCUGGGCCAGCUGGGGGCCUUCUGGAGGAUGCCGAAUCGGGGGACUCGAGCAGUUCCUGGCCCCGGGGAGCCUGCAUUCUCCCAGAGACCUCGGGGCAGGGGCAGCCCAGGCUCCACGGCUGAGCCUGAGCAGAGAACCGACCUCUGAGUGAGGAAUGCCUCUGGCCCUGGGACCCUCGUGGAUGGCCCCUCGGUGGGUGGGGAGACUUCACAGGCCUCCAGACCAUCCUGUGUAUCCUGGCCGGCAUUUCUAGGGUCUAGAACUUUGGCCCUGAUGGGAGUGAUCUCCAGUUGAUGAACGCCCAACAGCCCUGGGGUGUGGGUGCUGGGGUGAUCCCCAGGCUAGUCUACAGAGAGUGAAACUGAGGCUGGGAGAGGCUGAGAGGCACGAGUUGAAUUCAGGGCUUCUCGAUGCCAAGCCCAGCAUCCCUUCUCUGGUCAGCCUUCUGUGGCCAGUGUUGGGUCUGCUGCCUGCAUGGGUAGGGGAAGGCCCGGGGCUGCUCCUGGAGGAGGCCAGGCCUAACAGGGAGCUAGGACGACGACGGCGGGGGUGCCUUCUAGGACUCCCACUCCUUCCCCUUCUGUCUUCUUUCCUAACUGAG